AUGGAAAGCAAGCAUGCAUAUAAACGGUCUUAUGAGGAUUUUGAUCCUGUUUUUAAGUGGCGCAGAGAAGUAGACCGUGACACCGUUGAACUUCAUCUUCCAGGUUUUAAGAGAGAACAAAUAAGAAUUCAGGUGAACCAUCUUGGUUUUUUGGUGAUAAGUGGAGAACGUCCACAUGAUGGAACAAGAUGGAAACGUUUCAAGAAAGAGUUUGAGAUUCCAAAAUAUUGCAAUGAAGAUGCUAUUCGUGGCAAUUUCAUGCAAAAUAUUCUUUCUAUUGUAAUGCCAAAGAAAGUUGAUCUUAUACCUCAAGAGAAGCAAGAAGAAGAAAUGCCGGAACUUGAAGACGAUGAUGAAUAUCAAGAGAAAAAUACAUAUAAGAGUUUGAAAUUUGGAGGCAGAAGCGGAGAAGAAGAGAGUGAAAAGAGAGAUAAAGAGAGACUAUAUGAAUAUGGUGACACAAGAGAAAAUCAAUUUGGAGAAAAUGAUGUAGAAACUACUAGAGAUGUUGCUUUUAAAUUCAUGGUUGUGAUUAUUGUUGUAAUGGUCAUUGUAAAUUAUCUAGUGGAUAUGAGCAAAAGCCUCAUGGGUGAAGCUCAAUCCUAUUUUCAAGAUUAG